GGCGGCAGCGUCGCAGCGUCACAACGAGAGCGGCUCUCGGGCUUUGUUUUGUGGACGUGAAUGAGCUCCAUCAACUCCUUCGGAAAUGUGGACGGACAUAAGGACGUUGAUACUUUUUCAUGCGUUUGUCCUGAGGGUUCAUUUCUCAGAAGCAACGGAUGAGUGUGAGGAUGGACAGUUUCAGUGCAACAACAAAAGGUGUAUACCGACCAUCUGGAGGUGCGACGACGAUGACGACUGCUCCGACAACAGCGAUGAAGAAAACUGCCCCAGGAAGACGUGUGCCCCCGCAGAGUUUGCCUGCUUAAAUGGCCAGUGUGUCCCGGGACGGUGGCGGUGCGACGGGGAACCCGAGUGUCCCGACGGCUCCGACGAGGCAGCGGAGACCUGCAGCAAACAGACGUGCCCUCCAGAGAAAUUUGACUGUGGCGGAUCCACCAACAAGUGUGUCUCGUUGUCAUGGAGAUGUGAUGGGGAGAAGGAUUGCGAGAACGGGGCCGACGAGGAGGACUGCGCGUCUGACGCCAAAGCCUGCCCCAGCGGGGAGUUCAUGUGCGCCAACCGCAAGUGCCUGGCCACCGUCUACGCGUGCGACGGCGACGACGACUGCGGCGACGGCAGCGACGAGCUCAAGUGCGCGUCCCCUCUGACCUGCGGGCCCAACCACCUCCGCUGCAACACCUCGGAGUGCGUGCCGCUCAUGUGGAGCUGCGACGGAGACCCCGACUGCGCCGACAGUUCCGACGAGGGGCCGGAGCGCUGCGGCGGCGACGGCGCGCCGUACCUGCUCAACCGGCGGAUCAACUGCACCGCCGAGGAGUUUCGCUGUGCCAACGGGGAGUGUGUGAGGCUGACCUGGAAGUGUGAUGGAGACCCAGACUGCAAAGACAAGUCCGAUGAGUCUGAAUGCCCCCUGCUGACGUGUCGCCCCGAUGAGUUCCAGUGCGGCGACGGUUCCUGCAUCCACGGCACCAAGCAGUGUAACAAGGUUCACGACUGUCCAGAUCACAGCGACGAAUCCGGCUGCGUCAACGCCACAAAAUGUGAGGGGCCCCUGAAGUUCCUGUGUAAAAACGGAGAGUGCAUUGACAGCGCCAAGGUGUGCGACUCUGUCAAGGACUGCAAGGACCGGUCAGAUGAGCCCAAGAAGGAGUGCGGGCUGAAUGAGUGUAUGAUCAACAACGGGGGCUGCUCCCAUGUCUGCACGGACCGACCCAUUGGCUUUGAGUGCCAGUGCCCCACUGGCUACCAGCUACUGGACAAAAAGACCUGUGGGGACAUCGAUGAGUGUGAGAACCCAGAUGCUUGUAGCCAGAUCUGCAUCAACUACAAGGGCGAUUUUAAAUGUGAAUGCCACGAAGGAUAUGAGAUCGACCCUGCUACUAAGACCUGCAAGGCAGAAGGAAAGAGCCCGUACCUGCUAUUCACCAACCGGCAUGAGAUCCGCCGCAUCGACCUGGUGAAGAGGGACUACAGCCAGGUGGUGUCCACCCAGAAGAACGCUGUAGCUCUGGACCUGGAUGUGGCCAACAACCGCGUCUUCUGGUGCGAUCGCUUCCACAGGAAAAUCUACAGUGCCUUCAUUCACGAGGCCAGCGACCCCUCCCAGCAGGUGCCGCUGCUGGAUUCUCUCCUGCAGACCCCAGUGGGUCUGGCUCUGGACUGGCUCCAACACAACCUGUACUGGGCCGACUCGGGAGACAAAUCCAUCUCCGUGGCCUCGGUGGACGCAACCAAGAGACGCGUCCUCAUCAACAGCGACCUGAGCGAGCCCCGAGCCAUCGCGCUGGAUCCCCAUCACGGCUUCAUGUACUGGUCUGACUGGGGCACGAGAGCCAAGAUCGAAAAGGCCGGGAUGAACGGAGUGGACCGACGGGUGCUGGUGGCUGAUAACAUUGAAUGGCCCAAUGGCAUCACUCUAGAUGUAGCCAACAGGCGUCUGUACUGGGUGGAUUCGAAGCUGCACCUCAUUGCCAGCGUGGACCUGAACGGAGCGCACCGCAGAACACACGUGUCAUCCGCAGAGACACUGGGGCAUCCCUACGCGCUGGCCGUUUUUGAGGAUCGCAUCUACUGGACAGACAGAGACAGAUCGGCGGUCUUCAUGGCCAACAGGUUGACCGGUCAGGACAUCCACACGCUGGCUGAAAACCUCAACGACCCCCACGACAUCGUGGUCUUCCACCAGCUCCGCCAGCCACAAGGUCCAGACAGCUGUAAUCUGGGCAGUGUGGCCAAUGGGGGGUGUGAGUACUUGUGUCUUAAGGCUCCACAGAUCACAGAGCACUCGCCCAAAUACACCUGCGCCUGCCCCGACGGGCAGGACCUGGGGCCCGACAUGAGGGGCUGUGUGCCAGCACCAAGAAACAACGUGACGCAGACGUCCUCACCUCCUGCUGGAUUUACACCUGGCACCAGAGCGACUCUGGCGGAAGACUUCCCGCCCCCCUCAGGCGGAGUAUCGCAGGCGGACGCCACCCCUCACCUGACCACGGCUCCCUCCGGGGCCCCGGAUCUCCUCACGCCCGACUCCACUCUGAAGGGUCGAGAGUCGAAGGUGCCGGGGGGGUCGCACUCCACUGCCACGGCGAUGGUCACCUCCACCACACCUGCCAGGGACAGCAGCGUCUCUCAACACUCCGGCAGCGAGAAUUUCCUCCUGGGCGAGAACCUGACAGUGGCUGUUUUGGGAGUGGUCAUCCCCAUCGUUCCUGUCGUUGCCACAGUGGUGUUCAGCCUGGUGUGCGCCGGGGUCUACCUGGUGUGGCGCAACUGGCGGCGCAACUCCACCAAGAGCAUGAACUUCGACAACCCCGUCUACCGCAAGACCACCGGCGAGGGCGAGGAGGACGAGAUCCACAUCGGGCGGACGGACGGCAUGGGACACCACGGGCACCACCACCCGUACCCGCAGGGCGUCAACGUGGGAGUCGUAGGGGCCGGAGUCGGCACCUGCCCCCAGUUCAUCGCCCUGCCACUGGGGGGCAGCAUGCCCGACCCGGGGACUCACUGGUACACGGAGCAGCCCAUGCUGUCCUCGGCAAAGUGACCCUCGAGAGCAGAUCCGGGGGGGAAGAUGGCCGCUCAGGCACACGGGCGCGCACACACAGCGAGGUCACGGGUGGCUUGGACCCCAGUUUGCAGAAGGAAGAACAACAUAUCAUCAAGUGUUACAUGCAGCCAUUUUUUGUGCCAACUACCAUUAGAAAAAAAAGAUUUAUUUAGACUAACACAAUUCUCUAAAAAGUAAUUUCGUACCUUUUUCCGUGCAGGAGUUCUACUUUCGUACGUCACUGCUGAGAAUUAGAGAAUUUGUAGUUAUAACAUUGACCGAAACUGAAAUAUAGAAAACUGGUUAUUAUUCUGUAGUUUGCAUUGAAAACUGAGUGAGGUGUCUGCUGUGUGUCUUAUAUUUUGAGACGGGACUGGUGAGAAGUUCUGUGUCAUCCUCGGUGUAUAAAUAUGGGCUUUGUGUUAUUCCUGGUUGGCCAUGAAGCUGUGGGAACACUGUGCAAGGAAGAGCUCCGAAACUGGGACAGUAACUGCGUUGGUGGGACAAUCUGUACAGAUUCUUGUACGAAUCGAUCACAAAAGUCAUAGAUGUCAUUACUGUCAUUAAUGGUCUUAUGUAGUUUUCCCAGAUGGGUUUUGUUUUCCGUGAGAUUUUAUUAUUUUCAUUUUGACUAAUUUUAAAAGAAAGCUCCACACCUCCAUGACAUACUUUAUAAGUCUUUAAGGGCGAGUUGUCUUGCGUUUCGAAGUGCACUAGACUCGAGGGUAGAUGUCUUGAUUGGAGUUUUUGCGCGUGGAUUGGAAAGUAAGAAAAUAGAGAUAGUAGACGUGCUGUGAGGUUAGAGAGAGGUGGAUUUUACGCAAGAGUUGCUUCUUAUCACUUCUUUUUUAGAUAUUAAAUGGUUUGAGAAAAGCAAUAGACUGCAGUUCAAAAAAAAAAAGAAUUUGAGUGUUCUAAAAUGUUAUUUGAUCACCCGCCUCUGACUGUGACAAAUGGGCACAUAAGUACGCGUAAAGCAGUGAGAGAAAAGUCAUGCUGUAUUCUCCAGAGGGCGGAUGCAAUGCGCACUUGCGCUCCAAAAACACAAACAGCAUGAAUAAUUGCUCACCAGCUGAGGAUGCAGCCGUUCGUUGUUGAACGAGACGCACACACAUUCGCAAAAGAAACCAGGAGCCCGAGACCCGCUCCCCCCUCCUCCUCGUGCGAUGGCCGAUAUAUUGGUGCCGACAGUUUUGCAUAGAGCCGUGUGGGAGGGGUGAUAGGGGGGGGUGGGGGGCCCAGCUGGGGGGCUGCAUGAUGAAAAAGACCCUUCAAGUGAUGUGACCACAGAAAACUAAAACCUGACUCUGAUGAAAUGAGAUUGAGACCAAAUUAUUGGUGAACGUGCUUCAUGCUGGUUUAGACACUGUUACAUCCAUAAACCUAAAAAGUCUGUGUGUGUGUGUGUGUGUGUGUGUGUGUGUUUGUAUGUGUGCGUGUGUGUGCUCACUAUUAUGCAUGUAUGUGCUAAUUUCAUCCCACAGCCAUAUUUGAACCGUUUUGUAUGCUCUUUGUUGCACAACCCUCUUAGAAUGCCUUCUGCAUUGUGUGUUGCAUGGAGCGUGAAUACAAAGGUAUUUUGUGUGUGCGUGUGUGUGUGUGUGUGCGUGUGUGUGUGUGUGUGUGACAGUGUGGGACACUGGAGAAGCUCUGAGGGUGCUUUUUAAAUCAUUGAUUUGUAAAUAUGUUUUCAUAAGGUUUUUGAUAAUGUAUUAUACAAUUAUUUAAAAGAAAGGAUGUACAUAAGAUUUUAGAAUAAAGUGUUGACAUGUAUAUUAAUUUAUUUGUAUCAAAGCAGAACACUGCAUUCCCUGAUUGUAAGAAAUCUGAAUUAUCCACCAAAGUGGUUUGUGUCGUUUCUUGCUGUGCACCAUUCACGGUUAUUUUUUCAGUGACCCUUUUUCCUUUGUUAGCACACGUAAAACAUGGUGUCCCCCUCCCCGAAAACUCCCCACAUCUUUGCUACCUUGAUGUUAAUGAGAAGAGUGAUUUUGGUUGACCUGUGCCUUUUUGUUUACUUUUUCAUUCUCCUGUAGUAUUUUCAAGGACAGGGAUCAGCCACCCACUGUACAUGCAAAGAUAAACCGUAUGAAAACCAUACUGGUUCCACUUUUUGAUUUUCUGUAAUGAAUUACUUUGGAAUAUCUAUAUAUUGAUAUAUAAAAUCUGACUGAAAAUGUCUUUAA